GCUGUAUAACUAAGGGUCAGUUCAGCUGAGGACUCACACACUCUUCACUCAGCCUGAUGGAAGUCCUUUGGAUGAUUGUCCUCACUGUUGGUCUGCUUGGCUCACAUUGUGAGGGCGCUAUAUCCUGUAAAAAUGAAAAUGGUGCAGAUGUAGACUGGUUUAUUUUGUACAAGGUGAAAAAGGGGUUUGACUAUGUUUACACUGAUUCAACCAACCACAACCUUAGAAAGACUAACAAGGAUGUCAACAACCAAGCUGGUGUCCUGGCAAAUACCCUGAAGCCCUACUUUGACUUUCAGGAUAAGCAGUCAUCAGAUUUUGGAUUCAUUGCAUACAAUGACCAACCACCACCAGAUGGAAAAGGUGUAAGUUCCACCCAUGGCCACAGCAAAGGAGUUGUGAUGAUAGAUGAGGACAAUGUAGUCUGGCUUUUACACAGCACACCAAGAUUCCCCUUUUCUCAUGAAAGCAAUAAUUUCUAUCCUAAAAGUGGGGAACGUAAUGCACAGAUAUUUAUGUGUGUAACACUGAAAUCUACAGAGUCUGAAGAAAUAGCUCAACAUCUUAAAGAUAUCAAAGCUUAUAAAUUUGAAGAACACAAUCCUGUAAAACUCACAGAUUCUUCCCCCGUACCACGAGCGCGGCCCUAUAACAAAGACUUGCGGUCAGCUGGUAAUUCGCAGUUUAAACGCUUUGUUAAACAAACCUCAGCCACCAGGGAUCCUAAAGUCGGAGAUCUUUAUGUCACCAUUGCUGACACACUAAAUACCAAUUUAUACAUCCAGACCUGGUGCAACGACCCUAAUAAUGCUGAUAAACGUCCACCUUCUGUAACUGGAAAAGGCAAAGAACUAGUCACCAUCAUGUUUAUUUUGUACAAGGUGAAAAACGGGUUUAACUAUGUUUACACUGAUUCAACCAACCAGAACCUUAGAAAGACUAACAAGGAUGUCAACAACCAAGCUGGUGUCCUGGCAAAUACCCUGAAGCCCUACUUUGAAAAAGAUACGCAGUCAUCAGAUUUUGGAUUCAUUGCAUACAAUGACCAACCACCAACAUCAAAUAGUGAGUUGUGA